AUGGCGUCUUCCCACCAGCGCUCCGCCUCCGCCAUGGACGCGACGGCGGCGCCGGCGACGCGCGAGAAGACGUACUUUGAGCAGCACCGCGAGGCGCUCAUCGGCGACAUUGCCAUGAGCUUCGAACACGUCCUCGCCAACAUUAACAAGCUGAACCGGUCCCUGGAGGCCGUCAUCGCGGUCGGCAACGAGUUCUCGUCGGUCGAGGCCCUGUGGUCGCAGUUUGAAAACGUCAUGGCAAAGGACCAGGAUGGAAGUGGCACGGACAGCGGCAGACAGCAGGGCGAGCAGCAGCAGCAGCAACAGCACGAUGGCGAGCGGUAA